AUGUCUACCCAAACUGCUCCGGUCGUUCCUCCUCGGCCGUCUCGAUCACCACAGCCGCGCUCUUCCCUAGAUAUGCCUGGCAUUCCUCCACGCCCAGUCAACCGCCGCAUCGACCGAUCAAUGUCUCCAAUGCGGAGUAGCUAUGCACCGUCCCCUUUCAACGAGUGGAGUGGCCCGAGCUUGAGCCGGACCACCUCGAAUGAUGUCCCGCAGCGACCACCAAGCGUAACAAUACCGUCUCUGGGGGAAGAAGGAAUUGAGUAUGCAGAUUUAGAUGCUGGAAAUGUGCCCGAAGGUCAUCACCAGGCACCGGCGGAGACUCGUAACGUUAGCAGUGACCUCAAGAUUCAUGCGCCGAGACCGUCAUUGCCGACGUUAAGUGCUAAGGCCAAAGUGCAGGCAGUAACUCGCACAGACUCUCGCCAGGCUGCUGCUGCUGGCCUGGGUCGGGACAGCGAAAGCUCCCCCGCUGUCGAAGAUCCCGAGCGGGACAGUCGAUCACUGCAUUCCCGAAGAGCGAGCGGCUCGCGGGCCGAGUCGUCCAACGCUUCCUCCGAUCGCCGGCUUUCCAUGCAACCCGGAGAUGAACAGGGCUUUCGAGUACCCAUGUAUCCCAAUGCUGGUGAUGUCCAAGCACCUUCUCCCAGCCCUUACCUAGACCAAGGCUCCCAACGCGCAGGUCGCAACCACCACCGCUCUCGUAGUGCCCGGGACUCUUCACUGCCCCCAGGUAGCUACGGCCUGCACGGGCACGGUGUGCAAAAUGGCGACAAGUUUGAAAAGGCCUGGUAUGAAAAGCACCCAGAUGAGUACGUUAAGGAGGCAGGUCAAUAUGGCCCCGGUGUGGGUACUCCUCGCCCCGAUUGGGCUCUGAGCAGCGACGACCUAAACAAGAUUAUUCGAGCCCCAGCUGGCUCUACAACCGGCACUUCUCCUGAGGUUGUAGGUACACCCGAAGAGGAGGUUGGAUACCUUGCCUCUGAUGAGUACAUGCACCGCAUGGCGUCUCCCCCGCCUGAUGCUCGCCUUGAUUCUCAACCCGUCGUGGAAUCUCCACUUCGCCAAAUGAGUUUCCCAGCUUCGGAAAACGAGCCAAAGAUUGCGUCUGCCUCCCCGCUGCGCCAUGGCCGGAGCAGAUCGCACGGGCACCGUGCAGACAAUGACAUCAUCCACGUCAAUAACCCGAUGCAUCCCCUUCACCACCCGGAUGGAUUUGCUCCCACUCCAGUACAAGAUGAGCCUACGGAGACAAUCAAAAAGGCAUUCGAAGAAGAUGAGCCUAUCUUGGCUUCCGAUGAAUUGCGCCCCGGUUCGGCAUACCUGCAUCCUGCGGUUUCACCCACUCGGGGAAGUUUUGAUGAAGAGUACCGAAGCCGGACACCCAGCGUGUCCCACAGCCGUUCCAACAGUAGAUCCGCCAGUGCUCAAGGAGGGCCCAUGUUAACUCGGUUUGACUCACAUGAGGAUAGCCAUACACCUCUGGAGAAUGUCGAGGAAUACGAGCCGUUGUUCCCAGAAGAUGAAUCAAAGAACGAUCGUCCUCUUUCAGCUGCAGAUCGUUUCAAGCAGCGCCCUGGGCUGUCCAAGCACAGGUUCCCGAGUCAGGAUAUCUGGGAAGAUACCCCCAACAGCUUGCAACUCCAUGCUACCGUUACAACCCCAGAUCUUCCCAGACGUGACUCUGGAGGAGCCUUUGAGACACCCGAGCAAGAAACUAUUCGGAGAAUGCAGAAUUCUAAGAUUGAUUCUCAUCAGGUGGCCAGUCAUAUUCUCGAGGGCGAUAGCGCCCGUGAAAGUCCGAGGCCCACCAGGCGCCCCGAUGCUGUUAAGCAACGGUUCCCAAGUCGAGAUAUCUGGGAAGAUGCACCUGACAGUCAGCAAUUGGUGACCACAGUCGAGCCUGCAGAGGAUGAAGUCAAGAGCCCAGAAGUACCUGCCAAACCUACCAUCCCUGCCCGCCCACAGAAACAGUUUCAGUCCACAUCGCCUACAGAGAAGCGUCAGCCGCCAGUGAUCCCUGGUCGCCCGAAGCCUCAGAUCGCGGCUCGUCCCACAAAGCCUAGCCACGGGGCCUCGACCGACUCGGAAACCAAGGAAGCUGCAGUUGAAGGGGCGGCCGUGCCCAAAGCAAAGCCUGCGGUUCCAGCUCGUCCUGGUGGCAGCAAGAUCGCAGCUCUGAAGGCAGGAUUCCUCAACGACCUGAACUCGCGUCUCCAGUUAGGUCCUCAACAACCAAAACCCCAGGAGAAAGAGCCCGAACCACCGGCAGAGAAACAGCCCCUUAGUGAUGCUCGCAAGGGUAGAGCUCGUGGACCUGCUCGACGAAAGCCCGCUGUAGAGAAUGCCAAUGCUCGACUACCGACUAUUCCGGAGAUCAAGAUUACAGAAACAUGGAAUGUCUGGCAGGUCUGUGAGGAUGGUAACCUUGUUGUUGGUGAUGAGAAAAAUGACACCAAGGUGCCAGAGGUGACCAUUCCUUCUGAGCCUGCCAUGGCACCAGAGAUCGCAAAGAACAUUGCUGGUGAACCCGUUGACCCGACCCCAGAGCCCCGUACUGCCGCCGAAGAGACUUCUUUCCAUGACUUUGGCGCGGCCCCGGAAAUUGAGCAGCCUUCAACCGCAGAUGUUGGCUCGGAGCAGAUUUCUUCACCCGUUGUCGAGCCUCCAGCUCAAGAAGAUGAGCCGCUGUCAGAAUCAAAGCAAGAGAAAAUCUUGACUGAGGCGAGUCUAGCCCCUGCUAAGGAAGCGCUCCCGCCCAAGUUUGAAAAUGCUCUUGAGGACAUGACCGCAUCAGCCGAUGGCAAGGAGACAUCAGACGGCGAUAUACACGAGACAGUCUCGUCAUCUUAA